AUGCGUAACAAGAGUUUGGAGACCAGACUUGAUUCCGCAAUUGGAUUUAAUUCUCGCUCAUCAUUUGGUCAAUCUGACCAGGGAAGGAUCAAAGAAAAUAAAUAUAUUUUUAUUUGUUUAAAUAUUUAUCACAAAUCCUAGAUUUUAUGGGUUAUUAAAUAAAUAAUGAAUUUUUAAAUCCUUGGACUUCUAUCAUAAUUACCAUCUAAAAAAUAUGUGAGAAAACUAUUUGAAUAUGCUUAUUUAUUUAGAAACAAACUAAACUCAUUUUAAGAAUUUAUGGAAACACCUGUUAGUGCUUCAUUACCUUAAGAUUUAUAAUUGACUGAAAAAUAAGCACAUACACUUAUUAUAAGUUUAGUGAAACUUUUAGAAAAUGCAGAAUUACUUUAAUGGAAUGAACAAGCAAUUUUAUAAAUAUAUCCAUCUAAUUUUGAUUAGUAAUUAGCAAGAUUACUUACCGAUUCUAUACUUUAAAUUUCUGAAUGUAAGAUAUUUUAUAUAAUCAUUAUAGUAUGUGAUAAAAUUACAAAUAGAGAAAUUUGUUAAGCAGAUUCACUUAUUGAUAUAGAUUGGAGAGUAGAUGUAUAAAUUCAGACGCAUAAUUAAUAAAAAGUUAUUUCUAUAAUAAUAAUUUAUAGGUUAAUAUGCCUGUCUUAUUCUUAUAAUUAGAAACCCUAAAUACUUAAACUAAUACAAAGGAAAAUGUGACAUUUUAGCUUAAUUAAAAUGAAGUUAAUAAUUUUCACAACAAUUUGUGUAAAAUAAAAGAAUAAUUAUAAACUUUAGCUUAGUGA